CAAGGGUGGAACAUCACAGUAGACCUGGUCAUCGGACCCAAGGGCAUCCGGCAGAUGACGAGCAAGGAGGCCAAGCCCACGUGCUUGGCUGAAUUCAAGCACAUCAAGUCCAUCAAGUGCUCCAGCGUGGAGGAGGGCCGGGCUGUGCUGCAGCUGGGGCUCAGCGGCACCCCCCAGUCCCUGGCUAUCAAGACAGCUUCUCUGGCCGAGGCGGAGAACAUGGCAGACCUCAUCGACGGCUACUGCCGGCUGCAGGGGACCUCAGAAACCUCCCUCAUCAUCUUCCCCAGGAGAGACCGGGAGAAAAGGAUCAGCCUGCCGCAGAUUCCGGCCACACACCUGGUGGAGAGACAGUCCACGCUGUCGGACAGUGUGAGUGUUGACUCUGAUAUUUAUGCUGAAAUCCCCGAUGAAUCUUCACGACCGAGGUCUGGAGUCCAACAUUAUGGGAUCUCCAGGGAGGACGUCACAUUGGGCGGGAUCCUCGGAGAAGGCUUCUUCGGAGAGGUCUACGAGGGGAUUUACACCACCCCGAAGGGGGAGCGGGUCAACGUGGCCGUGAAGACCUGCAAGCAAGACUGCAGCCCGGAGAACAAGGAAAAGUUCCUGAGCGAGGCGGUGCUGAUGAAGAAGCUGGACCACCCCCACAUCGUGAAGCUCAUUGGCAUCGCCGAAGAGGAGCCCAUCUGGAUCAUCAUGGAGCUGUAUCCCUACGGAGAGCUGGGGCAAUACCUGGAGCAGAACAAGCACUGCCUCGCCGUGCCCACGCUUAUCCUCUACGCCCUGCAGAUCAGCAAAGCCCUGGCCUACCUGGAGGCCAUCAACUGCGUGCACAGGGAUAUUGCCGUGAGGAACAUCCUGGUGGCCUCCCCGGAAUGCGUGAAGCUGGGCGACUUCGGGCUGUCCAGGUACAUCGAGGAUGAGGAGUACUAUAAAGCAUCCAUCAGCCGUCUCCCCAUCAAGUGGAUGUCACCUGAGUCCAUCAACUUCCGCCGCUUCACGACGGCCAGCGACGUCUGGAUGUUUGCUGUGUGCAUGUGGGAGAUCCUGAGCUACGGGAAGCAGCCCUUCUUCUGGCUGGAGAACAAGGACGUGAUCGGGGUGCUGGAGAGGGGUGACCGCCUGCCCAAGCCCGAGCUCUGCCCGCCCGUCCUCUACACCCUCAUGACACGCUGCUGGGACUACGACCCCAGCGAAAGGCCCAAGUUCAAGGAGUUGGUUUGCAGCUUGAGCGACAUUUACCUGAUGGAGAAGGAACUGGCCAAGGAGCAGGAGAGGAACAACCGCCACCGGCCUCCUAAAAUCUUGGAGCCGCUGCCCUUCCAGGAGCCACCUCCAAAGCCCAGCAGACCCAAGUACAAGCCACCACCCCAGAGCAACCUCCUGGCUCCCAAGCUGCAGUUCCAGGUCCCCACCCCGCUGUGUGCCAGCUCGCCCACCCUCACCAACCCCAUGGAGUACCAGUCUCCGGCCAACUCCCUGCACACCCCGCCGCCCAACCGCCACAACGUCUUCAAACGCCACAGCAUGAGGGAGGAAGAUUUCCUCCGUCCCAGCAGCAGGGAGGAGGCGCAGAAGCUCUGGGAGAUUGAGAGGCUCAAGAUGAAGCAGGUCCUGGACAAGCAGCAGAAGCAGAUGGUGGAGGACUACCAGUGGCUGCGGCAGGAGGAGAAGUCCCUGGACCCGACCGUGUUUAUGAACAACAACGCUCCGCUUCUCCCAGAGAAGGAGACGGAUUACACGGAGUUCACGGGGCCCCCCCAGAAGCCUCCAAGACUCGGGGCACAGUCCAUCCACCCGGCCCCCACUGCCAACCUGGACCGCACCGAUGACACGGUGUACAGCAACGUCAUGGACCUGGUGAGGGCUGUCCUGCAGCUGAAGAAUGAGAUCAGCCUCCUGCCCCCAGAGGGCUACAUCCUCGUGGUAAAGAACGUGGGCUUGUCCCUGCGGAAGCUGAUCGGCAGCGUCGACGAGAUCCUGCCCAUCCUGCCCGCUGCCUCCCGCACCGAGAUCGAGGGGACCCAGAAGCUGCUCAACAAGGACUUGGCCGAACUCAUCAACAAGAUGCGCCUGGCGCAGCAGAACGCCGUCACCUCGCUGAGCGAGGAGUGCAAGCGGCAGAUGCUGACGGCCUCCCACACCUUGGCCGUGGAUGCCAAGAACCUCCUGGAUGCCGUGGACCAAGCCAAGGUCCAGGCCAACCUGGUGAAGCUGUGCUUGGAGUGA